AUGACCUCGACGGCAGUAAAUCUCUCUCCAAACUGUGGCGACAGUGAGAAAGAAUCGGGUACCCUUAAAGGCAUUCCGAAGGCGACCUUCAUAGAAGACGUCGAUGAUUAUCUCAAAACCAAUGGCUACGCUACUAUCCGUGACGCAAUGCAGGCUCUGGAUCAAAUCUAUCAGAAGUACAAACUCAUGGAACAGGCUUUUCUUCAACGAAAACUUCGUCUCCUUCAACAAAUGCCCGAUAUUACGAAAACUCUUGACGUGGUGAGGCACUUAGAGAAGAAAAAUGAGGAUUUUGAUGUCACCUUCGAGGUCUCUGAUCAGCUCUAUGCCCGUGCACACAUCGAUAAGGCCGAUAAAGUGGGUUUGUGGCUAGGAGCGAACGUGAUGCUGGAGUAUAACCUGGCGGAAGCCAAGGACAUCCUGCUGGCAAACCUCUCCUCCGCGGAGACCUCUAUGGCUGAUGUGGAGGAGACACUGGCUUUCCUAAAGGAACAGACUACCACCGUGGAAGUCAGUCUGGCACGCCUGCAUAAUUUAAAUGUGAAGCGCAAUCAGGCUGCUGCCGCCGCUGCCGCUAUCGCCUCAGCUAACGGCGCGAGAAAAUGA